AAGUUGUGUAUUGUGCUACUUUUGCACUGGCCACACCUCCAGCUAACUAGGUGGUGGGUCAGAUGUUUUGUAAUCCAGACUGCUCUACCUCUGGAGGAUCACGUCUGGACGUAAUUUGUGCUGGAAAGAUGGAUCAGCUGAAGGAAAAUGAGGUCUUUUUGGCUUUUGCCACUUAUACUACUAUUGUUGUUGCGAAGAUGAUGCUGAUGGGGCCACUAACUGCAUAUUACCGUCUGACCAGAGGGUCUUUCUCCAAUGAAGAAGAUGUAUCCAGAAAGUCGGCAGAGGAGAAGAAAAGGCUCUUGAAACCACAUCCGGAUGUGGAACGAGUGAAAAGGUGUCACCAGAAUGACCUGGAGAAUAUUAUUCCCUUUGCGGUGGUCGGCAUGCUUUACGCGCUGACUGGGCCUGAGCUUUCAGCUGCUCUGCUUCACUUCCGUAUCUUUGCUUGUUCUCGGGUUUUCCACACGAUUGCCUAUAUUGGUGUUCUUCCCCAGCCCAGCAGGGGUCUGUCGUGGAUACUGGGCAUGCUGGUUACAUACUCCAUGGCUUACAAGGUGCUUAGCGCAGUUCUCUUCCUCUGAGAUCAUAUGGCCCACCGAUUCAACAUCUUGAAUCUCACUUGUAUGCAACUGUGACGACGUGAUAUGCCUUAACCACUCUGAUGUCGUCCUGAAUGUAAUACUUGUGUCACUUCUUGCUUUAUUCUGCAAUCUUGAUUAUUAAACAUUACGUCUGACUUGGAUGUAUACCAAAAAUCCAGCAUAAAAUGUAUUUGUAACUUUAAAACAUAAAAGCUGCAAUUAUUAGAUAAAGUCAGGCUCACACUGUUCUGCCUUUGCUAAAAAGACUGAGAGAAUUGUAACGAUGCUAAAUAAAUAAAAUAAAAUUUGAACUUGACUUACUUAA